AUGCCUCCACCUCAAGUAACAGCGAUUUUCCUCUUCCCGCGUGCGACCCUCUCUCCCUCCCCUUCAACCUACCGGAGCAUCUCAACACAACCCCUCCGACCACAAUUACACCCACAUCAGCGAUCACAGCAGGUCUCAAAGCCACCUAUAUCCUUUUUCUCAACCAGUAACCCAGCCUGGGCCCGGGCCCGGGAACCAAACUUCUACGAAAUCCUCGACGUCCCCAUAACCGCUUCAGCAGCGGAGAUCAAAAAACAAUUCUAUGCCCUCUCAAUGCGCCACCACCCAGACCGCAACCGCUCAGACCCAGACGCAGGCCAACGCUUCGCCCGCAUUUCCGCCGCCUACAACGUCCUCGGCAACGCCUCAAAACGCGCAACCUACGACCAUGACCACGGCUUCCACACCCCUCAACACGCCUCCCAAGCCCACAGCCACCAACACCCGAUGGGCAGCCACAGCAGCUACGCCGGCUCGCGGCCCGCCAGUGGAUUGAGCAAGCGGCGCACUGCAUUCCACGGUGCACCGCCGAGUUUUUACGAGCAGGGUGGAUAUGGUAAGACGGGGAGGCAGGCGCAGGGAUGGGCGGCUGGUAGUGGUGGUGGUGGGACGGGGUUCGGGACUAGUGCUGGCGCUGGCGCUGGGACGAAACAUGCUGAUCCUGAGGAUUGGGAGGGGUUUAUUCGUCGGAAUCCGUUGAAUCAUUUUAAUGCGCAGAGUCAUUUCAGGACGCAGGCGGCAGAGGAUAGGAGGAGGAGGGAGAGGAGGAAGGGGGCUAUGAAGAUUGAUGAGGACAAAGGUGCUCCUGAUCCUAGGGUUGAUCAGACAGUUUCAAGGUUCUUUCUUUGUUCCGGGUGUUUGAUUGUUAUGCUUGUUGUUGUGAACUUUUGGCGGUCGGUUAAGGCUGUUGAUGGGGGGGAUAAGAAGAGGAAACAGAGGGCAACUUCAUCUUGA